AUGUAUCGGCUUCUUUUUGUCCUUCUCUUCGUCGCAACCACGCUCGCUCAAUACCCGCCCGUCGCGUUAAACCUGACCACCAUCAAGAGCCCUAUCGACGGCAACAUCACCAUUUCUUACAAGUCUCCGCCUCCAGGCACUUGCGAAACCGCUUUCGAUACGCAGCAGCAGUACACAGGAUGGGUUCAUUUACCCGGGACGUACCCGACGAAUACGUUCUUUUGGUUUGUAGGAGCUAGGGCUCCAACAGAUCAAUUGACGGUAUGGCUGAAUGGAGGGCCUGGGUCGAGUUCGAUGAUCGGCUUCUUCACUGAGAAUGGUCCUUGCGAAGUUGUUGAGAAGGGUAUGGGCCAGCUGGGCACACAAUUCAGGGAUUGGGGAUGGGAUCGCGGGUCAAAUAUGCUGUUUAUUGAUCAGCCAAACCAGGUCGGCUUCUCUUACGAUACACCUACCAAUGGCUCCCUCGAUCUCCUUACAUCGAACCUUUACAACCCUCCCCAAACCCUACCGAAUUCGCAACCAGCAAGUACUUUCAUGAACGGGACGUUCAGCUCCCUCAACGUCAACAACACUGCAAACACGACCGAAAUCGCCGGAAUGGCUAUCUGGCACAUGCUCCAAGGCUUCCUAGGUGCUUUCCCUGAAUAUGGACCGAAUAGCAGUACAACGAUGGGUGUACACUUAUUUGCCGAGAGCUAUGGUGGGAAAUACGGCCCUGCAUUUGCUAGUAUUUGGGAGGAACAGAACAAGCGCCGAGCGAACGGAACAAUCUCGAGAAGUGGGAGUGUCGAGAUCAAGCUCGCUUCCCUAGGUAUCGUCAAUGGCUGUGUGGACGACUUGAUACAGGCGCCCUUCUACCCAGCAAUGGCUGUCAACAAUACCUUCGGCUUACAAGCCAUCAACCCAACCCGAGCAAAACUUGCAAGCGCAAGCUUCUACUCGGCAGGAGGAUGUCAGGAUCUCACAAAGCAAUGUCGAGUGGCAGUUGCUAGUCAAGAUCCCGAAAAUGAAGGCGAUGUCAAGGUCGUCAACACCAUAUGCGCAAAUGCCUAUAGUAGCUGUUCCGUCAACGUCCUACAGCCAUACUUCGAUGCUGGCAGGAGUAUCUACGAUAUCGCCCACUACACUCCCGAAUCAUUUCCUCCAAGCACAUACUUGGAGUACCUAAAUACUGCCUCUGUGCAGGCCGCCAUCGGCUCCCCCGUCAACUUCACGCAAACAAACCUUCAAGUCGUCUCGGCGUUUACCUCUACAGGCGAUUACGAGCGCAUGUCUCUCAUCCCAGAUAUCGCCGCUCUCCUUAACUCCGGCAUCAGAGUAGGCUUCAUGUAUGGCGAUCGCGACUACAUUUGCAACUGGCUCGGCGGCGAAGCCAUAUCUCUUGCUGUAGCCGAAGCCACCUCCCCUUCAUAUGCAUCCAUCUUCCGUAGCGCAGGCUACGCUCCCAUCAUCGUCAACACAUCCUACAUUGGCGGCGUAGUCCGGCAGUUUGGGAACUUGUCGUUUUCACGCAUCUACGACUCAGGCCAUAGCGUGCCCGCCUACCAGCCCGAAACAGCCUUCCAAGUCUUCGCCCGCAUCAUGAGCGGAACCUCAAUUUCCACAGGAGAAGUAAUAAAUCGUACUACAUACAACACCACCGGUCCAUUGAACGCCACGUACACGAAUGAUCUCCCCCCGUCACCGUCCGCUACAUGCUAUCAGCGUAAUAUUCCGGACACAUGUACGGACGAUCAGAAAAAGAUGAUUGUUAAUAAGAAAGGUGCGAUAAUCAAUGGGGUGUUGUAUGAGUCGGCUAGCGACUGGAUCUCAGUGAGCCCCUUGACAACGAGCUCUGUGGCGAGUUCGGGGACGGAGACGGUGGAGGUGAUGACUACGACGCAGACGCUCACUGGGUUUUUCACGGCAACUGCAACGCCGAGUCUCAAGAAAGGAAAGGGGGUUCCAGGUUUCGAGACUAAUGCUAAGAUGAUGGCGAUACCGUUUUGGGGGCUACUGAUCACUAUGGUACUUUCUUGA